AAGUUACAAUCUCAUCACCAUUACCGCCACGAACAAUAACUUUCAAGAGACGCCUCAACCAACAUAGCAGCAAAGAAGCCAAAAUACUCCUCUCGUCACCAUGUACUCCAUCAUGUCCGCCUCAUCCCCUCCGCCUCCCUCACCCCUCCUUCUCCUCCCCUUCGAACUCCGCGCCCAAAUCUUCCACCACGCCCUCUGCGAUCCUCCCCGCCUCGUAACCUUCACCCUCGACCACGUCCAGCAACAAUACUACAAUUCCGCGACACCGCUAGCUCCCCUCACGCGAGUGAGCCGACAAGUCCGCAGCGAGACGCUGCCACAGUACUUCCACGCCAACACCUUCGUACUCCACACCGAAGACCAGAAAUUCUACGACGCGCAAGCCUGGCUGCGGGGCGCAAUGGCGCGGAAGUUUCUGGCCGAUCUCCGCCGGGUCGAGAUCUGGGUGAGGUAUAUGCCCGCGGGCGGAGCGAGGGGUUCGGCGAGUGGGAUGGGGUGUGGAGCAGGGCAGUUGUCGGUGGGUCACGGUGACGAGGAAGCCGGUCGAUUGGAUGGAGGAUGGAGGAUUUCUCGUCGCGUGGCUGGGAGGCAAUUUGGGCAAGUUGAGGGAUGAGGAGAGGGUUGGGGCGGAGGAGUGGAUUGGGGUUUUGGAUGGGUUGAGGGAUGAUUAUUGUCGGAAGAAAAUCCACGGAAAUAGAUGAAGUGGAAGAACGCAUUAUUGGCAGCGGCGGUCGGGAUGAAUAGGGGGGUGGUACACGGGCUUCGGUUCUUUGCGCACCGCUGGACACUGAAUCACUGCCCGGGCGUAAUUGAGCCAUUGCCAUGCUCAAGAUAUCGCAAGAACCGCGCUUAAAGCUCUGAUCACGGUCAUCCACGCGGCCACAACUUCCUGGAUCUCGGCGUUUUUCAAGCUAUGCUGGGCAAAACUACUCAUUUGAGAAUCGUCACUCGCAGUGAUGGCCAGCUAUGGGGUUCGUCAACAAGACCAGCAGGCGACCUGAUCAUAGGAGUACUUACA